AAAAUAACGAUUUCACAAACUUGUCAAAAAAAGCAGAAAAAUUGGCUGCAUUAUCUUGUAACAAGCACAUACUCAAAAAAAGCCAUGAAAUAAACGAGCAAUGUUGCACACAAAUUUCUAUUGAUCCUAUUGAAGUUGGCCUUCUUGUCUCGGUUAAUUAACUUCAAAAAGGGCCUCUCCAUUACUAGACCCCACCUUUCUUUUCUACUUCCUCUCUCAGUUCCAUAUAAAACCUGCCUUCUGUUUUUACAACUCAACUAAUGCCGAUUCCCAAGAGUUCGAACUCUUCUUCAAUGAACAAUACCGACAAGCGGCCGGAUGCUUUAGACAGAUCUAGCAAAUCGGCUUCCAACAUUAACAUGUCCUUCAGAAGUAUAGGCAGAAUGGGCCACUCCAUGUCGACUUUAAUGUCGAAGAAACGAGACGAGAAAAAAAUGUCUGCUACUGCUGAUAAUAAGCAUGACGAAAAGGAUAUUCUCGAAAAAACUGCUGCCACACCUUUGCGUACAAUCGAUAUACCAAAGGAAGUUUGGGAGGCACAGCAAGAAAAUUUGUUAUACGAUAUACUGGAGGUGCGUAGAGCCAUGGAUCUAUUUUUAAAUUCUCGUAUACCAGAGGCAGAAAGGAUCCUGGAACCCAAGCGUUAUUCAAGCCUCUACCAUUCUUUGGGACAUGCAUUUGUUAUGUUUUUGAAAAGUAUGAUGACCUUUCAGCACAGUGAUAUAAAAAUUGCGAUUGAAGCACUGAAAAAGACCAUUCAGCUAGCUGAUGCAAUGCGUAAAAAGAAGAGCCAAGGCUGGCUUGGAAACCUUACUUCGUGGAUGAAAGGUUUAACAGUACAUGAUGUUUGGUCAAUGUCAAGGUUACAUCAGCAUGCUGAACUGGUAUACGCAGAGUCAUAUCUGCUCAAGGCUUUGUUAAGUAUAAUCCAUGAUGAAAGCUUUGUUUCAUUCUUGAGGGAAGGUUUACACGUACGAUCAAGCUACAAUACCUACAAGAUUUUACAAAAGUUCCUGCUACACGUUCAAGAACAGGCGUUACUCGGUAAAGACAUAUCUUCAUGCGAAUUAGAUGACCAUUUCACCUCUGGUGUAUCCCUGGGUGUAGGCUUAUUCAAUCUUGUAAUUUCAAUGUUGCCGACUUCUGUAAUAAAAAUAGUCGAGUUGGUUGGCUUUACUGCAGACCGAUCUUGUGGUAUGACUACCUUAGAAUCUGCAGGAGGUUGGGAAGAGUAUGCAGGACUACCUCUAUCCAAAUUGCCUCCGCCUCAAGAGCCCAAUGAAGGAUUACGCAGACAAUUCUGUGACAUGGUUCUGCUUAUGUAUCAUAUCAUUUUACCCAAACUCAUCCCUAUUCCUGACGUCAAUGAAGAACUAGCUGAUCGUAUAUUGGCAUACAGUCUGAAGCUGUACCCUGAUGGUGUCUUCUUCUUGUAUUUCUCUGGCCGACAAUUGAGUGCUCGUUGCCAGUUAACCGAGGCCAUUUCACAGUAUCAAAAAGCCAUCGACAUGCAAAAAGAUUGGAAGCAAUUGCAACAUAUGUGUUAUUGGGAGCUGGGAUUGAUACGAUUGCUACAACAAGAUUGGCAAAAGGCACUGGAUUGCUAUACCAUUCUACAGAAAGAAAGCAAUUGGUCAAAAGCUGUCUAUUACUAUAUGCAAGCAAUAUCUCUUUACCUCUUGUCAAACGCACCUGGUCAUACCAAGGAAGAGCAGGCAUCAUUUACAGAGCAGGCUCACGAGCUGAUGCGUAAAGUCACCGGCGCAAAAAGAAAGAUUGCCGGCAAAUCGAUUUUCUUGGAGAAAUUCGUCGCUAGAAAAGCACGCAAAUUCGUUGCUCAAAAUAAUAGACUACUAUUCCCUGAUCUGGAAAUUUUGAUAGCGUUCAGUGCAUUUGAUUUCAUGCCUGAAGGUUUGCUGUUACAAAAUCUAGAACGAACAAAUGACGAAAUACAACACCUCAUAGAAAAUAGUAAUACUAACAAUACAGAGCAAAUCGAGCUAUUAAACUAUUAUGAUGACCUUUGUCUCAGCCAUUAUCUACGUAUAAUGGUUCUUCGACUGUUAUUGGAACGAACCAACACCAAGAAAAUACAGGAAUGGAAGAAUCUUCAAGAGGAGUCCAUCAGAAUCGUUAUGGAGAAUGCGAAUAAAAUACAGCUCGAUCACUAUAUUUAUUAUUUCACUCGCUAUGAAGAAGCCCGAAUGAUGAUUAGCAAUAAGAAUUUCGAUAAAGCAAAGGAGAUCAUACAAUCCAUUAUUAGAUGUAGUGAGAAAAACCAGUUCAAUGUGGGUGCAGGUCCACACGCUGAAAAUAAGUACAGCCUGGAAAAUACUCUACUGUUCAGAUGUCAUAAUUGUCUCACUGAAAUUGAUCAACUAUCCCUUUCCGUAUCUCCUUCUUCUACAGUCGAUGAUAACUCUGACAAACUCUCAUCCACAAAUGAAUCUUUUAUUUCGGCCUCAAAUGGAAGUUAAAUUUCAUUGUAGAACAGACUGAACAGAUUUACUCUAAAUAAUAAAACCCAUUUUUGU